AUGGUCUCACCCAAGUCGCUCGUCCUUGGACUGCUCGCUGCAUCUGCGGCCGCACUCCCCACCGAUCUGAGCCGUCGCGCUGUCAUCGCCCACGAUGCUGUCGUCGGCUUCGCGCAGGCUGUGCCCUCCGGCACCACGGGCACCCUGAUGCUCAAGUACAAGCCGUGGCUCAAGGUUUUCAACGGCUGCGUGCCCUUCCCCGCCGUCGACUCCGCGGGAAACACUGGAGGCGGCCUCAACCCCACGGGCGACUCCAACAGCGGCUGCUCCAGCUCCACCGGCCAGGUCUACGCCCGUGCCGCCACGUACAACGGCGCCUACGCAAUCAUGUAUAGCUGGUACAUGCCCAAGGAUAGCCCAUCUUCUGGCCUCGGCCACCGCCACGACUGGGAGAAUAUCGUCGUGUGGCUCUCUUCUGCUUCUACCUCUGCAACGAUCCGCGGUGUGGCUAUCUCUGCGCAUGGGGAUUAUCAGAAAACUAGCUCACCGCCGCUUGAUGGCACCCGUCCCAAGAUCGGCUACAUCAGCUACUACCCAGUGAACCACCAGCUCAUUGCUACGGACGACAAGGGCGGCGAGCAGCCGCUUAUUGCGUGGGAGAGCAUGACUGCGGCAGCGAGGACGGCGAUUGAGAACACGGACUUUGGGGAUGCGACGCCCAGCUUUAGGGACUCGAACUUCCAAACGUACCUUGCUGAUGCGUUUAUAUGA